AUGGACGAGGUAAUAUUGGAGAUAGAUUUUAUGGCAAAACACGGCUUCGUACUGGAUAUGAAACGGCAAGUGUUACAAUACGCUAAUGUGACUUUGCCAUUGACUGUAGGAUACGACGGACAACCCGAAGUGUUACAGGUUGCAGUACAGCGAGAACAGGUGAUCUCUCAAAAUUCUGAAGCAAUAAUAUGGGCCACAGCUAUCCAAGAGCUAAGGCUAAGAAGGAUAUGGGUUAUCGAACCGAAUAAAGAAUGUACGAAAGACAGCAUCAUCAUUGGAAAAGCGGUUGUGUCACCGGUCAAAAAUCUAAUACCGCGCAAUGCGAAAAAGCCGAAUGUGAAUGUUAGAUCAUGCUGCUCUGCGAUGGUUACUCAAUUUCAAAGAACCAGAAGGACAGCUGGUCAGGUAGAUUGGAAAACUGCAAUCCUAGAGAAUAAAGGAGGUGUCGUCAUCUGCCGAACUAUCGUGGAGCCCAACGGAGUCUUUUCGAAGGAAGACAUGACCAGUGCUCAAAAGGCCGACAAAGAUUUAAACGCAAUAUUAAAGGCCUUAGAAAAGCAGGAGCGCCCUACCUGGGAAGGAUUUCAAGAGAAAGUCCGAUUACGAAGGCGUAUUGGGCUCAGUGGCAAAGCCAUCAUCGUUGAAGAUGGAUGCUUAUGGCGCAUAUGGCGUAGUGAGGAUGCUUCAUGGGCUAAGAAAUUACUGGUGGUCUCACGAGUAGGCAUCAAGGAUUCUGUAGCUGCAUGGAUUCGCAACUGUGACCAGUGCAGCAAAUCGAAAGGCCCGAAAAAUAAGCCCCGAGGGCGCUUGCAACAGUAUAACGUGGGUGCACCUUUCGAAAGAAUCGCAAUGGAUAUAGCUGGACCAUUUCCAGCCAGCAAUGCGAGAAAUAAAUACGUAGUGGUAGUCAAUGAUUACUUCAGUAAAUGGUCACAAGUAUACUCCAUAGCCAACCAAGAAGCAAAGACAAUAGCCAAAGUAUUCGUCAAUAAUUGGGUUACGUGGUUUGGAACCCCCAUCGAGCUGCAUUCAGACCAGGGUAGAAACUUUGAAUCUUCAAUCUUUCAAGAGGUUCGCCAAAUGUUUAGCAUUAAUGAAACUAGAACGACUCCGCUGCAUCUUCAGUCUGACGGAAUGUUCGAAAGGUUUAAUCGAACGCUCCAAGAACAUCUGCGAAAAGUGAUCGACAACAAUCAGCAGGACUGGAAUGAACAAAUACCAAUCUUUUUAAUGGCAUACAGAUCAGCAGUGCACAACACCACUGCUGUACCCUCGGUGCAGAUUUUGCUCGGUUCCAAUCUGAGGCUACCCGCAGACUUGAAAUUCGGGAAAACCCCUAAUGUUCAAAGGAUUGAGACCGAAUAUAUUGCCAGAUUGAGGGUGAUAUUGGAUAGCAUGCACCGACAGAUUCGAAAUAGUACGCAAAUCGUAACUGACGGGGUGAAUGCAAAAUACGAUCUGAGGGCUAACGCCGAUGAAUUUAAGGAAGGGGAUUCGCUGUUACUGUGCAAUCCUUCACGUAACAAAGGUAUGGCACCAAAACUGCGAUGUAACUGGGAAGGUCCGUACAUAUUUAUCACAAGGAUAAUGAUGUGGUCUGUCGAAUAUGGAAACAUCCCGGAGGCAGAACUAAAUUCAAAGUGGUACACCUGGACCGGUUGA